AUGCCUCGUGCUGUCAGAGGAGUCCUCAUCGAGUGCGAUCCGUCCGUGAAAGCCAUCAUCCUCAAAUACGACGAAGAAAGACACGACUACAUCGUCGAAGAUCUAGAUGAUGACCGCCAUUUGGUUAUCAAGGAGAGCCAGUUGCAGAAUCUAAAGGCGAGAUUGACAAAGGAGCUUGAUGAUAAGGUUAUGCAGCCUGAUGAGUCGGAAUCGGAGUAA